CGCUUCAGUUUGCAAACACUCCUCACAGUCAUUGGUUUAGAAUACGAGAAGAUUCUGCUUCAAAUUUAAUUAACAGUUGAUCACAGCUCGAUAAGCUAACCUAUAUGAGUUCCAGCGAAUAAAUAAUUUGUUGUUCGUUGAGAGUGCGUCGGGAUCGUCGGAAUCCAUUGGAAAUAAUUCACCGCGUUCUAAAGUUCCCCGUCAUCUUAGAAUACUCGCGUCCCACAACAUCAAAAUGCUGUUAUGUAAAGCAUGCCUCGUACUUCUACCCAUCAUCCUUAGCGCCUUAGUCCAGCUGACUACCAGUGAACGUUGUACAAAAUUAGACGAUACCAGCACACUACUCCGCUCAAAUCUGGCAGCGUUCAAUAACAUCGCGGAAGGUGCGGAGAAAUUUGGAUUGGAACUUUUUACAAAGAUUUCCGAUGCAGCGGGAAAUGCAGAUUUCAUGAUUUCACCUUUUUCCGUAUGGGCACUACUACUGUUGUUGGUGGAGGCGGCAGCAGGCAAUACAUUGAACGAGCUGCGUACGGUGUUGCACAUAAAUGAGGAUCGUCAAGCGCUGCGCCAUGCCUUUAAUGUGGUGCAGCAAUUUUUACAGCGCAAAACAUCCACAGUGCAGGUGGAAAGUUUACAGGCAAUGUAUUACGACGCUUACGAACAAGUCGCUGAGGACUACAAGACCACAUUGGCGACUUGCUACUCCGCCAGGGUACAACACUUGAACUUCAAUGACACACAGACAACAGUGAAUGCCAUCAAUAAUGCGAUAAACACCGAAACAAAGGGUUUAAUAAAAAAUGCUAUUACCGAGGACUACAUAAGAGAUGCUAAUUUAUUGCUGACUUCUACGUUGUAUUUUAAAGGUCAAUGGCAGUCGCCAUUCAACCAAAGCGACACACACAGAGAGACCUUCUACGACAUGAAUGGCUUGCCGAUUGGCGAGGUGGAUAUGAUGUUCCAAAUGACACCCUUCAACUAUACUAGAAUACCGGAUUUACAAGGACAUGUACUAGAACUGCCAUACGGCAAUGAGAAUAGAUUAUGCAUGCUGGUGAUCCUUCCCAACAAAGGUAUCUCCGUCAAUCAAGUGGUGCAUAAUUUGCAAACUCUCGGUGUACGCGCAAUUAUGAAGAAACUCGAAGAGGAUGCAUUAGGCUUUGAUGAGCAGGAGGUUGAAGUGUAUUUACCCCGCUUCAAUACAGCAACCACAUUUCCGUUGAGAGGCUCGCUGGAACAGUUGGGCUUAAGGGAAGUUUUCAAUCCACAGCUGGUAAAUUUCGAAAUUUUGUCAAAACGCCUAUACGUGAAGGAUGUUGUGCAAACGACCAAGAUAAUUGUGAAUGAAGAGGGCACUGAAGCGGCUGCAGUGGCCACAGCGUUAUUAACCAAUAAAAUUUCACCGCCGAAAUUCUAUUUCAAUCGUCCGUUCUUGUAUUUGAUUGCAGAAAAACGAUCCAGUGCAUUACUUUUCGCCGGACAAAUUGCGAGUCCCAAAUAAUAAAAUGGAAUAAAAAAUAA